AGCCGUCCAAACAUAUUACUUUGAUAUAGCUUUCGUAAUUGACCAUAAAAAUCCACCCUCUCGAUCGACUUCGAGGCGGCCACAAACCCUUCCUUCCAAAUCCUCGAACCGAAACCCUCCAAGAAAAGCUCCCAAUACGUUAAGUUCACAGGCUGAGACAAGCCGAGCAAGUUAAGGGGCUAUGGAUUCAGAUCAGGGGAAGCUAUUCAUAGGUGGGAUCUCGUGGGAGACUACGGAGGAGAAGCUGAAGGAUUACUUUGAGAACUACGGAGACGUGAUGCAGACUGUGGUUAUGAGGGACAAGACUACUGGCAGGCCCAGGGGUUUCGGCUUCGUGGUCUUUGCAGAUCCUUCCAUUCUCGAUAGGGUUCUCCAGGACAACCACACCAUUGAUGGCAGAACGGUUGAGGCUAAGAGGGCAUUAUCAAGAGAGGAGCAGCAAACUUCUGCCAAAGCUGGGAAUCCUAGUCUAGCUAGAAGUUCUGGGGGAGGUGGAACUUUCAGAACCAAGAAGAUAUUUGUUGGAGGAUUGCCUGCCACUCUAAGUGAAGAAGGAUUUCGUCAGCAUUUUGAGACUUAUGGCCAUGUAACCGAUGUAGUAGUCAUGUAUGACCAGAAUACUGGACGACCUCGCGGGUUUGGGUUUAUUACCUUUGACACUGAAGAAGCUGUUGAUAGGGUUUUACACAAAAACUUCCAUGAUUUAGAUGGUAAGCAAGUAGAAGUAAAGCGGGCUCUUCCUAAAGAUGCGAAUCCUGGUGGGGGUAGCCGUACAAUGGGUGGUGGUGCUGGUGGUGGGGGUUCACUUGGUAGUGGUUAUCAGAACUAUGGGGCAUCUGGUGGUAACCCGAAUGCAUAUGAUGGUCGGAUGGAAUCCAAUAGGUACAUGCAGCCACAGAGUACUGGAGGUGGUUUUGGUCCAUAUGGCUCCUCUGCAUAUAGCACACCUGGCUAUGGAUAUGGUCCUGCCAAUAAUGGCAUUAGUUAUGGCGGUUAUGCUGGUGCCAAUACUGGGUAUGGUGGACCUGCCGGUGCAGCGUAUGGAAACCCAAAUGUUCCUAGUGCUGGCUUUGGAAGUGGUCCACCAGGCGCUCCGAGAAGUUCAUGGAGCACGCAAUCUCCUACUGGAUAUGGUGCUCUGGGUUAUGGUAAUACUGCUGCUUGGGGUGCUCCAACUGGAAGCACUGGUGCUCCUAGUGGUGGCCCAGGCUCAGCUCCUACGGGCCACUCACCUAGUGGGGCCACUGGGUAUGGGAAUCAAACUUAUGGCUAUGGUGGUUAUGGUGGGAGUGAUGGGUCUUAUGGGAAUCCUGGUGGAUAUGGUGCUGUUGGAGGGCGUUCUGGGAGUGUGCCAAAUAACAAUGCUGGUGGUCCAGGUGGAGGGGAUAUGCAAGGGAGUGGAUACAUGGGAAGUGGCUAUGGUGAUGCUAAUGGUAAUCCAGGGUAUGGAAAUGCAGCAUGGAGAUCUGAACAAUCACAAACUUCUGGAAAUUAUGGUGCUCCUCAGGGGAAUGGUCCUCAUGGUGGGCAGGUUGCCUAUGGUGGGGGAUAUGCCAGUGCUCAAGCCCGAACCCAACAACAGUAAUUAUUAUGGCUAGAGAUCCAACUGGAUCACCAUCUUUGUUUCUUUACUGUGAGAGGCUCGGAAUUGUUUUCCAUGCCAGGCAGCACAGGGAGUGGUGCAAGUUGAAUGUCAACACCCUUGGGGACUGGUUGGAUUGCUUGAUUCCCUGUAGUUUGCAGUAUCUAUUUUCUAGUCUUUAAUAAGUAGUAAUUUUGAGGCGUACGAGACAGUCCUAUUUAAUAUGUGCUUUUGAGUGUUGUCUUAAAUUUGGCGUGCUUAUAAUUCUCUACUAGCUCAUCUGGAAUUUAUCCUUAGUGUUUAAGCUGUGGUAGCUUAUAUAACCUUGCUAUUGUUGGUUUGAUUA